AAACUAGGCUUCAACAUCACAUACUCUCUCACACACAACAACUAACACCGAAAAACGCAGUCAUUGCAAAUCAUGGCACAUGAUAGCCUCACAAAUAAUGUCCACUACAAAUCCAUUCAAUCAUUAUUAGUCUUUUCCUUUCCACACCCCUUUCUUCUAAUCUAAGUUUUUUCUUCUUUCUUCCUUUCUCCUUUUUCAUUUAACUCUUCUCAAUUUAUACCCACUCUCACCCGAGAGAGGUCACAAGAAGAAGAAGAAGAAGAAAAGAUACGAUACGAUACGAUGACCUCGGUUUGCAUAUCGCAGUGCCUCAACGACGCACGUGACCCACGUGUUCCGGUGAGGGCGACGUACGUGAACCUUUACAAGUGGCCGGAAUCGGAUGCGGAGUUUGUGAGGUCAGUGAGUUGCAACAGAGAAAAGGGUUGCCACGUGUACGGACACCCCAGAGUGGUGGACAGUAUCUCCUGCAGGCAGAUGUAUCUCAGAAGCUACACCUUCUCCAGGGAAGAAGAUAACGACGCCGACAAACCUCACAAAUGUUUUGGCGCCAAGAAGAAGAAACGUCACAACAACAACAACAACUCAAAGCCCGACACCGGCAAAACAAAGUGCUUCGUUUGGAGUAAGGCUAAGGAGAUCUCGUGUUCUGCUCUCUCUCGGAUUUUCCGAAGGGUCUUGUUCUGCUCCGCGAGUGUAGAUGUUGUCCACGAUAAAUAUUGAAUUUUGUUUUUUAUUUCAAUCUCCUCUUCUUCUUUUUUUAUAUUUAUAUAUAUACUCUGUUUCUAUUUAUGAUCCAGUGAGAAGAAAUUGUUAGUGCCUCUCUUUUUUCAAUUUGCUUUCUUUUAUUAACUUUUGUACAAGAGUGCGUUAUGUAAAAAUUUUGUCUUACAGAGAAAGGUUUAUGAUGAUUUUUACCACUGUUUCUGCUUGUAAUGCUGUGUUUGCCUUGUGGCAACUUCUUUUGUGGGCUUAUACAGAAAAAUGUAUAUG